AAUCUCAUAUCUUCUGUGUGGAGGAAAAUUGGCGAAGAAUUAAACAUUCCAGAUUCAGCUGGUGUGAAAGAGUGGAGAUGACGAAUCAGAUUCAACUUGAUUCGGAGUGAUCCAGAUGAUUCGGAUUCGUUUGGUGUGAAAGGGGCCUUAGAGUAUGUUUUUUGUGUGAAUCACGUUAACCGACGUUUCGAAAAUUAACAUUUAUGUUCUAUGAUAUGAUUUUUAUCCCAAUAGAUAAAUCUGACGGAUUAGUUCAUUUAAGUACUCUUUCUUCUUCUCGAUUAUAAUUAGCAACAACUGAUAGAUGAUCUAAUAAUUUAGAAGUACCACAAUUGAAAAAUUUCUGUUUAAAUAUAAAACACAUCCCAACUAUACUUUUUGCGUAGAUUAUUCAUGGUAAAUUGAAUAUAUUCAGUUUAUAUCUGUACUUAUUCUUUCUCUAUUUCUUGCACGCCAUUGUAACUCACUUAUCCUAGAUCCAAGUCAUUUGAUAUAUACACAGAAGAAGAAAGCGUUAUUUGCUAAACUGCCUUGCUCAAAUAUUAUUUGUUUUCAAUUAUAUGAAUAUUCCUGAUAUGGAACAAAAAGUCAUUAAGGAAGAUAAGGAAGAAAUAGUUGAUGAUUUUGUUUGGAAUAAAUACAUUAAACAAGAAAUGAUAGAAGAAAUACCUACGACAACUUUUCAAAAUUUAUUCAGUGAAUGUGUGCAUAAGCAAGAAGUUAUUGAAGAUUUAAAAUUAAUUCAAGCAAUUGAAGAAUCUACUAUUGCAUUUAAAACAAAAGAUGAGAGUUCCCAUAAAAUUAAUAUACAUAAUUCUGGAAAUAAAUUUAAAUAUAUAAAAGUGAAAUAUGGAAUGAAAACUAAAGAAAGAGAAUUACUGAAUAAUAGUAGAUACGUAAGCUCAAAUACUAUUGCUGGAAUAAUGAUAUGUGAGUUUUGUGGAGAUUUAUACAUGCAACGAAUAGAAUUUCUUCAUCACCUUUCCACAAAUCAUUUGAUGACAUUGAAGAAAUCACUAUAUGAAACAAAGUUUUACCCUAAAAAUAUAAGUUGCAAAAUAAGUGAAACAACAGAUUUAAAAAAUGAAAUUGAAAUAUUUGAUGAAUUGAAAACAGAGUUACAAGAUAACAGAUACACUGAUAGUUUAUUUUCAAACCGAGGGGAAAAGCUAUACAAAUGCGAUAAUUGUAAAAAAAAAUUUUCAAAUGAAAAAAAUUUAGAUAUACAUAUCUGUAGAAAAAUUGGAAAAGAACGAUUCCAAUGUGGCAUUUGUCCGAAAACGUUCUCUCGUAAAAGUAAAUUAGAUUCACAUUCUUAUAAUCAUACUGGAGAAAAGCCAUUCAAAUGUGACAUUUGUUUGAAAACUUUUUCAAAAAAAAUUAGUUUAACUAGGCAUUUGCAUAUUCACACAGGAGAGAAACCAUUCAAAUGUGACAUUUGUUUAAAAACUUUUCUACAGAAAUAUGAUUUUCAAUCACAUUUACGUAAUCACACUGGAGAAAAGCCAUUCAAAUGUGACAUUUGUCCGGAAACUUUUUCCCGAAAAUACGAAUUGAACGCACAUUUUUAUAGUCACACAGGAGAAAAACCGUUCAAAUGUGACAUUUGUUCGAAAACUUUUAUACAGAAAUAUAAUUUGAUCACACAUUCGCGUAGUCACACAGGAGAAAAACUAUUCAAAUGUGAUAUUUGUUCGAAGUGUUUUUCUCGAAAGUGUAAUUUAAAUUCACAUUUACGUAGACACACUGGAGAAAAACCAUUCAAAUGUGGUAUUUGUUCUGAAACUUUCUCACAAAAAUAUGAAUUAAACUCUCACUCCUAUGGUCAUACAGGCGAAAAACCAUUCAAAUGUAGCAUUUGUUCGAAAUCUUUUAAUAAGAAAUACAGUUUAAACACACAUUUACGUAGUCAUACAGGAGAAAAACCGUUCAAAUGUGAUAUUUGUUUAAAAACUUAUUUACAUAAAUACACUUUGAAUUUACAUUUACACAGUCACAUUGGAGAAAAACUAUUCAAAUGUGACAUAUGUUUGAAAAGUUAUCUACAUAAACAUAAUUUAAAUUUACAUUUGCAAAAGCACACUGUAGAAAAGCCAUUUAAAUGUGACAUAUGUUUAAAAACUUAUUUACAUGAACAUAAUUUAAAUUUACAUUUGCAAAACCACACUGAAAAAAAGUCAUUCAAAUGUGACAUUUGCUUAAAAGUUUUUACACAGAAAUAUAGAUUAAAUUCACAUUUACGUAGUCAUACUGGUGAAAAGCCAUUUAAAUGUGAUAUUUGUAUGAAAUCUUUCGCACAAAAAAAUGGUUUGAACAGGCACAUGUUCACUCAUACAGAAGAAAAACCGUUCAAAUGUGACAUUUGCACCAAAUCUUUUUCGCGAAAAUAUUAUUUAAAUUCACAUUUGCUUAUUCACAAAAGAGUAGAAUAAUGCCAUUUAAAAGUGAAA